AGUGAGACGCGUUCAGCUUUGGAGGUGGUCUGCGAUCGGUAAUCGAUUCGCAAUUGGGUUUAUAUUCGGGGCCAGGAUCACUCACAGGAACACUCUUUACCAUGAUGUGUCGGGCACUGCUGAUGCUCCUACUGCUGGCGGGCUGGAGCUAUGUGGAGGCAGCCACCCACGUGAAUAUCUCCAUUGCCCAACAGCCGGCCACGAAUCCAGCGGAUGUUAGCUAUGUGGAUGGACGAGCCCCAGCGGAGCUGAGAGCGGGUCCCGCGAUGAUGAAUGAGGAGGAGCGCUUUGAGAGGAUUCAAGAGAGAUCCCAGCCGCAACCGCAGCCGCAGCAACAACAGAUGGGCCAACAGCAGCAGCAGAUGGGUCAACAGCAGCAGCAGCAACAGGUGGGACAGCAGCAGCAGCAACAGCAAUCCGCUCAGUUGACUCCUCGCCAGGGACUGGGACUGCAGGCCUCAUCGGUAGCCGCUAAGAACGCACGCAUGCCCCGUCGUCGCAAUCACAGUCGUCGCUUUCACCAGCAACUGCAGCCUCAACUGCAGGCACCACACAAUGGGCAAUUCCGUCAGCGGAAUCAGCAGCUGCGCCAGAACCAGGAGUUCGAGCGGUACAUCCAAUCCUACCAUAGCCACGGACCCACCGUGGAGACUGUCUAUGAAUCAUCGAAUCCUGCGCCACAGCGCUACACGCAGACCAGCUCUGGAGUGACUUCAUCCGCGAGUGACGACAGUGCGCCACAGAAGGUGGUGGCCAUUGGGGGAUCCCGAUCGCAGCAGCUGCGCAUGUUCGAACGUCAAGUGGCAGCACCAGUAUCGUCCUCGCAGGGACAAAGCGCCAAUGUGGAGGUGGCUGCUGAGAGUAAACCCAUCUAUGAAGCUCCCCAGGCUCCAGUGGCAGCCGCAGUGCACUCCUCCACGUCUGGUGUUAGCAGCAGCAGCUCCGCCUCCUCCGGCUCCGUCAGUGUUCCGGUCCCUACUGGGGCUUCGCAUUCAGCAGAUACCGUCUCCAGCUACGAUGCCACCUCCAGCUACAAUCCUGCCACGAGCUACAACAGACCCAGCUACGAUCCAAAUGUGUACAACUACGACGAUGGCCAGGAUGUGGACUACCAUGGCCAAUACCCGCCAGAGGUGGAGGAUGGUCAGGGAUACGAUUCCCAGGGCUACGAUGACUACAGCGAUCAGUCGUCCUCCUAUCCAGGCGGAUCGGGCUAUCUGCCGCCCGCUCCUCCACGUAGCUACGCUCCUCCCCAGCGACCGAUGGUCACCAAAACGAUUCAGAUUGUGCAGCCGGCGCUCAAGGCGAAGAAGUACGAGGUCCGGCAUCCGGCCAUCCAGAAGGAGUUCUAUGACAUCGAGGAGCGUGUGCUGAUCAAGCCGGCGGGCACGCUUGUCGUGGAACUGGAUCACCCGGUGGCCAAGAUUCCCAAGGGGGAAACUCUGCUGCCACUGGGACACCCGCAUCCCGCGGUGGCUGCCGCCUACAGCAACAACGGACAGAACUACAACACCCAGAGCUACAACAGCAACAGCAAUAGCAACAGCAAUAGCAACAGCAAUGGCAAUGGAAAUGGCAACGAGUACCGACCCUCAUACGACUCCUACGACUCCCCGGCCACGUCCAAGGAUCAGCAAACGACCACCGUUGGCUCCAGUGUGACCACCAUGCCAUCGUACGAUCAGGCGCCGAAGGAUGAGUACGUGGAGGCACGGCUCCAGCAGCAGAAGCCACAGCAGGUCGCUGGCGAUGUUGUCGAUAGUCGCCAGACCACAUCCACCUCGGUCUCCGCCGUCGAUGGCAAUGGCAAUCCGAUCAAGAUCAGCACGAAACACCUGACACCCAAUAUGAUUACCCGUGCAGAGCCGGAGCAGGAGUAUUCCAGGAGUAUUCCGCCCAACGAAGUGAACAACUAUGAGCGUCCCCUGCAGCGUAGCUACCAGCAGAGAACCAGCUACAACCGACAGCCCUACAACAAUAAUGAUGACUACUUCGCAGGGGAGUUCCUGCCCAACGUCAAUGCCGCCAAUGUGGACGCGAAGCCAGCGAGAUUGGAGCAGGCACCGGUCGAACAGGAGCAGCCACGCACCCAGAUAAUCAAGCACGAGCACAAGAUCCACCUGCCGCCAUCGCAGCACAACAUUUACCUGGGUCGCAGCAGCCAGACACCGCCCAAGGAGCAGAGGAUCACCGAAGUGCCCGCUCAUGUGGCCGAAAUCAAACCCUAUCUGCGUAACCAUGUGGGCGGUACAGUGGUCUAUGCCAAGGCCGCUGUAAAGCCUGCCGUUCAGCGGGGCUACUAUGCCCAGUCGGCGCGUCAACGCAAUCCCCUGGCCGAGGAUCUGGAGUACAGUGCCCCCUACUCCCAAAUGAGAUUCAGUCCCGAGAAUCAGUCGGCCAGGCUGGUAGAGGCACCACCCAAGGAGGUGGAGGUGCCCAAGGAAAAGGCGUCCCAGGAUACACACAUUCAAAUCCAAAUCGGCGAUCGCAAUGAGGGAAAACAGCCCAUGGUGGUGGCCUCCACCGUUACACCGGACUGCGACAGGGGCCAGCAGCAACAGCAGCAGCCAUCGGCACGUCUCCAGCAACGACAGCAGCAGUCGCAACGUCUUGUGGAAGUUCCAGCAGCUGGCGAUGUGUCUGCCACAAAGGCCACACCCACGCCCGUCCAGGCCCAACCUCAGGAUGUGGAUGUCUCCCUCAACGGCGGCGCCGGACAUCUGAAGCCGAACGAACGCGUGAUCGCCGCCACGGCCGCGCCGACCGAUGCGGCAGCCACCAGCGAAACCUUCCAUAAGCGUCGGAUUGUGGUCAACCAUCCGUUCCAGACGGUUCGCGAAGUAGUGGAGCACGAACCGAUAACUAACUACCAUCAGAUCCAGGUCAACGAGCAUGCCCAUCCAGCGCUAUACCAUCAGGCGGCCUACUACCAGCCACCGGUACAAACGCAUGGCAACUUGGUGCACUUUCAGUCGACAUCAACGCAUGGCAACCUCUACGCUCCGUACGGCUAGGCUAAUCCUGAAUCCUUAACGUGGAAACGAACCGAAACGAAACGAACUGCGCCUUUGUAUCUUUGUUAAUGUAUUUUUUUUCAUUGUUUUUUUGUAGAAUCUAGUUUAGAAAUGUACUCAAAAUCGGUGGGAGGGCCCUUUCCCUGUUUGAUCUUGAUCUUGUUUGGAUUAAUUUGGUUUAAAACUGUAGGAUUAAGUGCAGAAUUACUUGCCAUUAAUAAAGUACAUAUGAAAUGCGUCGAGUAAAAUAUAA